UCCAAUCGAUUGUCUGAGACGCGAACAUCACCAUCAUCACCACCAGCCCCAGUCUGUCCCUUCGGUGACCGAAGGUGUUGGUUUGUCCUUCUUGCCUCUUUACGUGUUGCCAUGGUGAUGUCCACGUUCCAAAAGGUGACGCUGGCCACAUGCCUCGUGCUGUGCGUGGCCCUGCUGCUUCCUAAAAUGUUGCUCUCCCGCGGCAGGAAGGAUGCCGACCAACGACCGGAAGGAGGUCACUUCCCCCCCAUGGUGCACCGUCAGAUGGCCCCAGAGGGCCGAGGUCAGAGGGCCACGGGUUCGAGCCUCUCCAGGGCCCACAACACGGAGGCCAUAGCCAGGGCCAAAGGAGCAGGGCCAGGGGCGGGACCUGCGGGAAAGUCCAACCUGGCGGGACAGAUCAUUCCGGUCUACGGCUUUGGGAUUUUACUGUAUAUCCUUUACAUCCUCUUCAAGAUCACGUCAAAGGGCAGCAGUCAGCCGUCGGAGAGCAGGAUGUCGUCAGCGCGCUCGGAGAACAUGAAGAGAAAGAUCACGGACUUUGAGCUGGCUCAGCUGCAGGAGAAGUUGAGGGAAACGGAGCUGGUGAUGGAGAACAUUGUUUCCAACGCCCAGCACAGUCCUGACAGGGAGUGUAAGGGGGUGACGGUGGACCAGGAGGAGAGUCUCCUCCAGCAGCUGACAGAAAUCACUCGAGUGAUGCAGGAGGGUCACCUGGUGGAGUCUGUGGCUCCACACCAGAAGACCAACCAGAAGAGAUGGGAAGAUGAUGAAGAUGGGCCUGACGUGAUGUGGGAGCGUCCCCACUGCUGCUGUCAACGCGCUCCUCAGAGCUGUGGCUCACAGGACGAGGCUGAAGCUGAUGACAGGAGCAGCCAGGUGGACAACGUUGCAGAAGCUGCUCCAAGCGGAGGGCAAGCAGUUCAGAGUCCAGGAGGUGACGAGGACUUGGAGACGGAGCAGGAGCGUCACCUAGAACAGAAGCAGAACAUGAAUGAGUGCAAGGAAGAGGAGGAGGAAGCAGGUCAGAUCCAACUGGACGUCCCAAAUAAGGAGCUGCUCGGCGUCCUGCAGGAGCUGGAAGUUUCCUUGAAGAUGACCUCAGCCAUGGAGCUGGAGAAGGUGGAUCACCUAAUCCCACCCGGUGAGAUGGACGCGUGCGGCAUCGCAGUCAGACGGCGGAACAAAAGGAGAAGAAGAAAGAAAGAAUCUCAGUGACCUGGUGGAGAAGAAGAACGUCCACAUGUUGCUCAUGUCGCUCUUCUUUCUUCUCACCAACACGACAACAUGCUGCAUGAAUUUUAUGACUUGGACUCGUCCUGAUAGCAAAGAAAAAGACAUCAGGGUCAGUUUCACGUGAUGUCCCCUACUGACUUGUGUGGCAUCUUUUUAGAAGGUUUUUAAAUCAUCCUUAAUGGUUUUGUUUUAUCGUUACGUCAAUGAGUCUUUGAUUGCCACAUCAUUUGUUCCUUCACUAUGGCCAGCAAAGUGUGGCUGAAAAGAUCCAUUCCACUCUCGAGCUGGUCCUCACAGGUUUUUUGGGGAAUAUUGGAAUGAUUUAGACCAAUAAUGUGUAAAAUGUGAACAGCAGCAAGAUAAAUGGAGGGAGGCGGGGUCUUGAGGUGAACAGGAGUACAGGAGUGAUGCUGGAAUAGUCGGGGCUACAGGUGGAGUGGUACAUGUAUUCAUAUUGGACUUUUCAGUAUGGUGUGGAGGUGUGCAGAGUUCCAGUGGUGCACAAAGUGGGUGUGGACUAGAUGUGGUGCAUAGGGGAGCCACUCUAAAGGGGGGGGCAAAGUGAUGGGAGGGGGAAUAUUCCGAAUUGGCAGUUUCUGUAUUUAACAGCUGUUUGGACAUGUGUAAAUGAUAUGACCAUGAACAGAGGCACGUCUCUGAUUAGGUGCCCCUCCUUCACCUCCCCUCCGUACACACUACAGGCACUCCAGUGCGUGACCACUUAAGCAUGCGUUUAUUUGAAUCAUGUUGUGUGUCAUAAUUAUAUUAAUGUAUGAAAAAUAAUUAUUUCUUUUUUUUGCACCACCCCGUCGUCGUGAAGAGAUAGCUGAGCCGGAAGGCAAAGCUCUCAAUUUACUGAUCGAUCUAUGUUCCGUCCCUCACCCACCUUCGCCUGGUCUGUUGCUUUGGGUUGUGACCGAAAGAACGAGUUCGCGGAUACAAGAAAUGAGUUUCCUCCCUAGGGUGGCUGGACUCACCCUAAAAUAUAGGGUGAGGAACUCAGCCACCCGGGAGGGGCUCACAGUCGAGCCGCUGCUCCUUCACAUCGAGAGGAGCCAGUUGUGGCUCGGGCAUCUAGUCCGGAUGCUUCUCGGACGCCUCCCUGGUGAGGUGUUACGGGCAUGCCCAGCCGGGAGAAGGCCCCGGGGACACGCUGGAGGGAUUAUGUCUCACAGCUGGCCUGGGAACGCCUUGGUGUCCUCCCGGUGGAGCUGGAGGAGGUGGCCGGGGACCGGGACGGGCUUCCCUACUGAGACUGCUGCCCCCGUGACUCGGACCCGGAUAAGUGGAAAAUGGAUGGAUGGAUGUAUUUGUUUUCAUUUAGCUAUUUACCUGCUGCAAUUUGUAAUUUAAAAUAAAUAUCCGUAAUAAGAGUCUUAUAUUUUUAAGUCCAGGAAUAAAUAUUAAUUCACGUAAGUAUAAAAAAAAUCAGGCCCAGGGGGUUGCUUGUCUUGUCUGCUUACCCCUGAGAUAUGCUACUUCUCAUUUUUUAUAGAGCUGAUGAACUGCUGUAAUGCGUUACUUUAUUUAAAUACUGUACAUAAACAUGAUAAAAAUCAGGCCCACCUCCAGUAUGUUGCUCAAUACCCGUCAUAAAGUAUGUAUGGUAGUUGUGCUCCUACAGAGUUCCCAAACAACAUACAUUAAGGGGAAGUGCUUGAACUCAACCAUGACUGUAAACCGUGAUUAUGGUGUAGUUAUGCAUCAAAUCACGACAGUGCAUGAUAUGCUGCUGUGCCUCCAAAAUGGAUGUUUCCACCCAGACAUCACAGUUUACUUUUUAAAUGAUUCGUGUCUUUCUCAAUGUACGAAGGUACUAAUAUUGUAUCCUGUAACUGGACUAAGUGGCGUUAUCUUUGAAUGAGUUUAAGCAAAAUAAUGUCAGUCACGUUUUGUAACUUUCAGCAUAUCUUCCUUGUGUUUGAUGAGCUUUAAUAA